AUGUCUUUUCAAGAUUUCGAUCCCGCGCACAUUUUGCUCAAUUACACCAUUGACAAUACUCCCGUUUCUGUUUCUUUUGCGGCAUUGAAUCUGUUUCAGGCCGAUAGCGCAAAACAGGGAGUCAUCCAAGGACUAGGUAUUGGGACAGGCGUGAUUCUUGCUCUUGUUUCGUGGUGUAGUAUCGCCAACAAAAAAACGCCCGUGUUCAUCUUGAACCAGGUAUGUUUGGUCUUGAUGGUAGUACGCUCUAUUUUGUACAUUGUGUAUUUAAUGGGUCCACUAAACUCACUUGGUUUUAAUUUCACCAAUAUCUACGACACAGAAUGGACCGCAUUUCGUGUUUCGAUAGCGGUGACCGUUGUGUAUGUGCUUCUCAUUGCCGCCAUAGAAUGUCUUUUCGUAUUUCAGGUCUACGUGAUGUUCAAAGGCUGCAAGACGAAGUUGUGGAAAUUUGGUAUGGUCGCAUUCUCUUCCACACUUGCAUUGGCCGUUGUGGUUAUUUAUGUGUGUGAAGCUACUUUCAAUUUGAGGGAUACAUGGGCUGGAUUCCAUGGCAUUCCUCGAUCGCCCCACUGGCGAAUCAACUUGCCGUACAUUUUGUUCUGCAUUUCGGUUAAUUUCCUUAGUAUUUUGCUUAUUGGAAAGCUCGCGAUGGCCAUUCGUACCAGGAAGAUUCUCGGACUCAAACAAUUUGACGCACUCCAUGUCUUGUUGAUCAUGACUUUGCAAACAUGCAUUAUUCCUUCGGCAAUGGCAAUCUACAAUUACACCUCUCACGAAAGAUCUCCUAUUUUCGUCAAUUUGAGUGUGAUCAUAAUCGUGUGCAACUUGCCAUUCAGCAGUUUAUGGGCAUCAUCCGCCAAUACCUCUUCUGUGCCAAACUCAUGUCUGAACAGUGUAUUUAGCCGUACUUCCAGUCGCGAAUCUGAGGAAACUUUGGCCUUUUCUUUCCGCAGUAAGGCAAAUCCAAAGUCCGAGUAUGUGGCUAGCACCGACAUCGAGAAGGAUUCUGGAGAAGGAUCAAUUGCUGAGGAUGCAACCAUCAACAAGAUUCUUCGGGAAAUCGAAAUGGAGUCUAGAUAUCAGGCACGAUAG